AUGGCGGCCCUUCCAUUAAGUGUAGAGGCGGCCCCAGCUGACCAGCUGCGGGGGCCCCACAGCGGUGCUUCUGGGGGCCCCCUCGGGGGCCCCCAGGGGCCCCCCGAGCCUGCGGUCACUUGGGGGCCCCCUGCGACAGCCAGGCUUCGGGGGCCCCCCGGGGUUGCAGGGGCCCCCCGGUCUUCGGGGCCCCCGGGGCCCCUGAGGCCCCCGAGGCCCCUCUUGGUGGGCCCUGGGGUCUUGAUUUCCAUUGCUGCAGUUCUGUACAUUUUGUCUCUUUGUGCUCUGCGGGGCCCCGGGGGCCCCCGGGGGGCCCCCAGGCACCUGGGGGCCCCCCAGUACCCUCAGGGGCGGCGGCUGGCGGGCUCUGGGGCCGGAGAGGGGGACCAGUGGGGCCCCUGGGGGAACUGGGGGGCCCCCCUUGGGGGUACCAUUUGUGGGGGCCCCGAGGCUGCAGAGACAAGUUUUGGGGCUUUUCCACAAGCAGAAGGAGACCUAACUAGUGACCCUACGGGGGCCCCUGUGGGGGCCCCCUCGGGGCCCCUCACAGGGGCCCCCGUAGAGGCCCCCUUGGACACCCACUUGGGGGCCCCCCUGGAUGCCCCCUUUGGGGAACCCCAGGAGGCCCCCUUGGGGGCCCCCUUGGGGGCCCCCGUGGAGAACCCCUUGGGGGCCCCCGUGGCCGUGCAAAUGGGUACCCCGUUGAGGACCUCCUCGAGGGCCCCCUCGGGGGCCCCCGUGGGGCCCCAACUGGGGUCUCCCGUGGGGGCCCCCGUGGUGGGGGCCCCCGUGGGGCCCCACCUGGGGUCUCCCGUGGGGGCCCCCGUGGGGCCCCAGCUGGGGUCCCCCCCCAUGGGGGCGACCCCCGUGGGGCCCCAGCUGGGGUCCCCACCCAUGGGGGUGACCCCCGUGGGGCCCCCCAUGGGGGCCCCCGUGGGGGCCCCCGUGGGGGCCCCCGUGGGGGCCCCCCAGGAGAGCCGGCCCUUUCCCCAUUUCGUAAAGAGACUUUUUGAUGGAGAGGCACCUCAGGCGAAAAGGAGAAGAACAAAUCAAGAUGGAACUGCUCAGGCAGUGGCAGUCCUUAGACCCUUUUCGACCCAGGGGCCCCAGGGGCCCCAGGGGCCCCAGGGCACCCCGGGGCUCCAGGGGCCCCAGGGCCCCCAGGGGCCUCAGGGGCCCCUGGGACCCCACGGGCCCCUGGGACCUCAGGCGCUCCUGGGGCCCCAGAGGCCCCUGGGGCCCCAGGGGCCCCUGGGGCCCCAAGGGCCCCUGGGGCCCCAGGGGCCCCUGGGGCCCCAGGGGCUCCCACGUGACCUUGGGGCCCGCGAAGGCCCUGGAGUACCAGGGGCCCGGGGGCCCCACUGGAGCUUCGCUGCUUCUGAGUGGCUGGUAAAAGCUGCGGAAAACUCUCAUCUCGCUCAGGGGGCCCCCGAGUCUGGCCUGGGUCCUGAUGCCUUCGGGGCCCCCAGCAGCAGCGCAGCCUCCCUGGGGGCCCCCGGGGGCCCCCGGGGUUCUGUGUGGGGCUCCGCCUAUGGGGCCCCAGGGGCCCCCGUGGAAAUCUUUGGCCCCGCAGCGCCGUGGCUGGUGGGGCAGUCGGGGGCCCCUCUGGGCGCGGGGGCCCCCAGGGGCCCCCUGACGACUUUUGGAGUUCCUGGGGGCUUCUUUGGGACCCUGGGGCCCCCCUUGAACCCUCUGGCAGGCCUGGGUGCUGUGGCUGGUGGGUCUCAUGGGCCCCCGGGGGCCCCUGCGAACCCUCUGGGUACCCUGGGGCCCCUGGGGGCCUUCCAGGCCUUCCCCGGGGGCCCCUUUGCGUCCUCAGGGGCCCCCCUUGUGGGCCCCAUGGGUGGCCUUAUUCCAGUGGCAGCAGGGCACUACGGGCCUUCGGGGGCCCCUCUGGACCCUCGGGGGGCCCCUAGCGCUGCGGCGGUGGGGCCCCAUGGGCCCGCGGGGGCCCCUGUGGGGGCCGCCAUGGGGGCCCAUGUGGGGGCCCCCGUGGGGCCCCCUGUGGACCCUCGGGAUGCCCUGAGUCAGCUACAUGGCCUUGGGACUGCUGCGGGGCCCCACGUAGCCUCCGUUAAGCCCUUUGGGGGCCCCCUGGGCCCCCUGGCUGGCUUUGCUGCUGUGCCUGGGGCGCCCUAUGGGUCCCAGGGGCCCCAUAUUGUCCCUUUAAGGGCCUUUGGUCAAUUAGAUGCGUUUGGGUCUGUCCCCGGGGGCCCCUUUGGCCCCCAUAGGGCCUCCGUGGGCCCCCCGGGGCCCUUUGGCGCCGUCCCUGGGGCCCCUGGGGGCCCCCUUGGGUCCUCCGGGGCCCCCGGGGCCCCCACGGGCCCUGGGGGGCCCCUUGGGGCUGCCCCGGGGGCCCCCUAUGACUCCCUUUUGCGGACCACGCUCUUUGGGUUUCCUAUUGCCCCUUCUGGCACCGACGGCCUGAGGGGCCCCCUGGGGGGCCCUUUGGGGGCCCCCUUGGGGGCCCCUUUCGGGGGCCCCUUGGGGGUGCCCCUGCCCUCCGGGGUCCCCGUGGCCUCGGUCUUGGGGGCCCCCUUGUCGUCCGGGGCACCCCCGGCCUCGGGGGGCCCCCUCCCCUCCGGGGGCCCCUUGGACCCUGGGGCCCCCUUGGUCUCGGGGGACCCCCUGGAUCCGGGGGCCCCUCUGGCCUCGAGGGGCUCCCUUGUGUCGGAGGGCGCCGUGCCCUCCGGGGGCCCCCUGGACCCGGGGGCCCCCCUUGCCUCCGGGGGCCCCCUGGACCCGGGGGCCCCCCUUGCCUCCGGGGCCCCCCUGGACCCGGGGGCCCCCCUUUCCUCCGGGGGCCCCCUGGACCCGGGGGCCCCCCUUUCCUCCGGGGGCCCCCUGGACCCGGGGGCCCCCAUGGCCUCGGGGGCCCCCCUGGCCCCUGGGGGGCCCCUAGUGGUGGGGGCCCCCCAGGGGCCCCCAACGUCAGCGGACUCCGGGAACUUUUCGGGGCCCUUCCUUGUUGUGGACUCCUCCAAUUCGGAGGACUCUUCGGGCGUGAGGGGGCCUCCCGAGGGGCCCCAGGGGGGCCCCCUGGGGGGGCCCCCCGAGGCCCCCCUGGGGACGGCCCAGGAGGACCCCCUGGGGGGCCCCCUGGGGGCCCCCAUGGGGGAAUUUACGAAGUUGCUCCUGGGGCCCCAUUGGGAGGCCCCCGAGGGGUCCUUUGAGGGGGCCCCUGGGGAUGUUCUUGGGGCAGAUUUUGGGGGUGACCCGGCAGUUGCUGCAGCAGCAGCCGAUGAAGAUGCUGCUGCUGCUGCUGCUGCUGCUGCUGCUGCUGCUGAGGCUGAGGCUGAGGUGGAGGAAGGGCUGGACCCGAAUAACUCAGUGACACAUUACAUUGAAGAAGCUCUUGCUGCAGACGGCGACGACGGUGCUGCUGCUGCUGCUGCACUGGCAGAGUGGGUGCUGGACCCGUUGGCGGAAGCGCCUGCGACUCCUGCUGCUGCUGCUGCUGCUGCUGCUGCUGCUGCGGAGCCCGGCGAGCCAACAGAAGGCAAAGAAGAACUAAAUAGCACAGAAGUUUCUUUUCCUUGUUCUAAAGAAGAGCAGCAGCAGCAGCAGCGGCUGCUGCUGGUCCCCAGGGACCGGCCGAUCAGCUGCAGCACGGAGAGCACUUUGAGCGCAACAAGCUCGGACGAAGCAGCAGCAGCAGCAGCAGCAGCAGCAGCAGAAGACGAAGACACAGCUGAUGCUGGAGAAGACGAUGAGGACCCCGAGCUGCUGCCAGAUGACCUCGAUGAGAAGCUGCUGCUGCUCGAAGCUGAUGAAGAUGCUGCUAACUUCGAAGAGUGGCUGCUGAAUCCUUCCAUGGGAAUUCCUUGGAGUCCAGAAGCAGCAGCAGCAGAAGACGAAAGUCAAGAAGACACAGAAGACGCGGACGAGGGCCCCCCCGACAGCCCCGCUGCUUCCCCAGCAGCAGCAGCAGCAGCAGCAGCAGCAGCAGCAGCAGCAGUGGAGGAGUGGGAUGGCCAAAGGCCCCAGAAGCGAACCCGUGAAGAGUCAGCAGGCAGCCCUGACGAUGCUGCUGCUGCUGCAGAGCAGCAGCAGCAGCAGCAGCAGCUAAAGAGGGUCAGGCGGGAAGCAGCGGAGCAGCAAACUGCAGCAGAAGACACACAGAAAGAAGCACGAGGCGAUGCCGCAAACUCCCCCGCAGCAGCAGCAGCUGCUGCUGCUGCUGCUGCUGCUGCAGGGCCACCAGAAGCAGCAAAUGAAACAACAGAGGAAGAAGAGGAAGAGGGAAAGAAAAUUAAAUGGGAAAAUGAGAAAGGAGAGCCAGAAGAUGUGAAAGAGAUAGCAGUAGACUCUAUGGACGGCAAUGCAGAAGAGCCAAGAGCCAGCGGCCAGCAGCAGCAGCAGCUGCUGCUGCAGCUGCUGCAGCAGCUGCAGCAGCCAGAAGAACAGCAGCAGCAGCAGGCGCUGCUGGAGCGGCAGAAGCAACAAAAACAAGAACAACAAGAACAACAACAGCAGCAGCAACAACAGCAGCAACAACAACAAAAACAACAGCAGCAGCAGCAGCAGCAGGAACAGCAGCAACAACAAUUUGAACACCAGCAGCCGCCGGAGGGUGAGCAGCAGCUGCAACGACUGCAGCAGCUGCAGGAGGAGGAGGAGGGGGAGCAGCAGCAGCAACAGCUGCUGCAGGAGCAGCUGCAGAAGCACAUUCAGCAGCGGCUUCAGCAGCAUCUGGAGCAGCAGCUACAGCAGCAGCAGCUGCAGCAGCAGCUGGAGCAGCUGCAGCAGCAGCAGGUGCAGCUGCAGCUGCAGCAGCAGCAGCUGGAGCAGCAGCAGCAGCUGCUGCAGCAGCAGCAGCAACAGCUGCAGAACCCGCAGCAGCUGCAGAAGCUGCAGCAGCAGCUGCAGCAGCAGCUGCAGCAGCCCCAGCUGCAGCUCCCUUCUAAUGUCCAAAAGUUCCCUGUCCUUUGCUCCCAUUUGCUGGGACUUCUGGGGGCCUCCGAUGUUCGAAACUGUGCCCGAAUGUCCUCCUUGGAUUGUUUGCUGCGGGCCCUUACUUCUGCUCCGGGGGGCCCCCCGGGGCCCCCCACUCUCGAGGGGCCCCUCCCGAGCAGCAGCAGCAGCAGCAGCAGCAGCAGCUCGGGGGGCCCCGUGGGGCCCCCUCCGCUGAAGGGGCCCAUGGGGGGGCCCUCCAGCAGCAGCGCGGGGGCCCCCGUGGGGCCCCCGCUGCUGGAGGGGCCCAUGUUGGAGGGCCUCAGCGGCAGCAGCAGCUCUGGGGAGCCCCCGCUGCUGGAGAGCUCCAUUCAGGGGGCCCUCAGCAGCAGCAGCAGCAGCAGCAGCAGCAGCAGCGGGGGGGGGCCCCCGGGGCCCCCCCCGCUGGAGGAAGCCCUCACCAGCCCCAAAAGACCUGGGGGCCCCCCGAGGGCCCCCAAGCUGAGUGGGCCCUGGGGGCCCCGGGGGCGCCAGGGGCCCCGCGGCCGAGAUUCGUACAGAAGGCCCAGAGGUUCUAUACCUGCGUUGCCUGCCCUGCAAGCAGCAGCAGAUAUAGCGGCAGAAGCAGCAGCAGCAGCAGCAGCAGCAGUAGCAGCUGAGGCUGCGGAAGCCGAAAAAGGCGCAGCAGAGGCAGCAGCAGCAGCAGCAGCAGCAGCAGAAGCGCAGCAACAGAGUCCCCAGCCUGCCCCGUCCGCCUUUUUGGUGCUUGCCGGAUCCCCUGCGCCCUCACCAGCAGCAGCAGCAGCAGCAGCAGCAGAGCCUGCAGAAAGCCCAGCAGCAGGACCAGCAGCAGGCCUAGCGGCAGAAACCUCAGAAGCAGCAGCAGGACCUUCAUCACCAGCAGCAGCAGCAGCAGGACCUUCAUCACCGGCAGCAGCAGGACCUUCAUCACCAGCAGCAGCAGCAGCAGAACCAGCAUCACCAUCAGCAGCAGCAGCAGAACCACCAUCACCAGCAGCAGCAGCCGCAGAACCAUCACCAUCAGCAGCAGCAGCCGCAGGACCAUCACCAUCAGCAGCAGCAGCAGCAGGACCAUCACCAUCAGCAGCAGCGGCAGCAGGACCAUCCCCAUCACCAGCAGCAGCAGCAGGUCCAUCCCCAUCACCAGCAGGAGCAGCAGGGCCAUCCCCAUCACCAGCAGCAGCAGCAGGUCCAUCCCCAUCACCAGCAGCAGCAGCAGAAAGCCCCUCAUCAGCAGCAGCAGCAGCAGCCGCAGAGCCACCCCGAUCCCCAGGAGGCGCCUCAAGAAGAUCCUCGUCAUCGUCCGCAACAGCAGAAAGCCCAGAAGCAGAAGCAGCAGAAGCAGCAGAAGCAGCAGCAGCAGCAGCAGCAGCAGCAGCAGCGGAGAGUCCCGCGGGAGCAGCAGAAGCUGAGUGCGCCUCGGUGGAAGCAGCGGGUGACUCGCCAGCGGCGUCUCCGGACUCCGCAGAAGCAGCAACGGACGCAGCGCUGGAAGCAGCAGCAGCAGCAGCAGCAGCAGCAGCAGAAGACUCUUCGCCUUCGCAGUCCGUGCAGCCGUGCUGCGUGAAGGUGCCGCUGCUGCGGCUGGAGGCGCAGCAGCAGCCGGGGGCCAGCGCGCCGUACUUAGCAGCAGCAGCAGCAGCAGCAGCAGCAGGAGCCGGCAGCUCGGGCUGCCCGCGCGAACAGCUGGCCAGCCACCCCUUCUACAGACUCCCCACAGUCCUCCCAGGGGCCUCCGUGAGGCCCUUUGCUGCAGCAAACUUGAGGCCUCUUGGCCUCAAGUCCUCGUGGCCCAUGUUGGCCAUCAUAGCCAUAAGGGGCCUCUUGAAGUUGCCGGCAGUUGGCAGCGACUCUUUGCUGCGGCUGAUGCGCAGCCUGGAGGCGCUGGUGAGCCACGCGGUCUUCCACAGCGACCCGCUGCCGCAGCAGCAGCAGCAGCAGCAGCAGCAGCAGCAGCGGCGGCGGCGGCGGCGGCGCGGGGAGCCCGAGGAGGAGGAGGAGGAGGAGGAGGAGGAGGACGAGGAGGAGGACGAGGAGAUGCGGCAGCUGCUGCAGCAGCAGCAGCAGCAGCAGCAGCAGCAGCAGCACGUGCGGCGGCUGAAGCCGAAAGAAACCGUAGACCGCAUGGCCUUCGCGCUGCUCCUCGCAGACUCCCUCUUUGCUGCCAGCUCCGUCCUGGGGCCCCAAGCCAGGAGGGACCAGUGGUGGGGGGCCCUCGUAAAAGCCUUGCCGGACUACAGGGGCCCCACAGCUUCUGCUGCUUACCGGCUGUCAGCAGAAGCAAACAACAAGUUGGCUCUCGCGCUGCAGCAAGCCCUCAACUUCUACCGCCGGCAGCAGCGCCCGCCGGCCUACAUUUUGGUGCCUUUGAAGCAGAAGAUCCUCUGCAGGGGGGCCGUCCGCAGGCUGGGUCUUGGCAGGUGGAAGGAGUUCCAGAAGGACGACGAGGAGUGGCAGCAGCAGCUGCAGCAGCAGCAGCAGCAGCAGCAGGGGGAGCUGGCCGACGGGGAAGAGCUGCAGCAGCAGCAGCAGCAGCAGCAGCAGCAGCAGCAGCAGCAGCAGUGCGAGGAAGGCGCCUGCAGCGAGCAGCAGCAGCUGCUGCUCAACAUCGACGAGCUGCUGCGCAAACGAGAAGAGGCGCUGCAGCUGCAGCAGCAGCAGCAGCAGCAGCAGCAGCAAGCCGCGCAGGACGGCCAGCAGCAAACGGGCGACGCGCUGCAGCAGCAAACGCCGCCGCACCCCCACGAGCAGCAGCAGCAAGCUGCAGAAGGCCCGCAGCAAGCAGCAGCAACUCCCCUCACUGAGGCCGAGCUGCUGCAGCAAAUCUCUGCGGAGAUGCAGCACAAAACCGCAGAAGAAGUCCGCCAGGAACUCAAGAAGAAGCAGCCGCAGCGCAUCUCAGUGCAGCAAAUGGAACAGAUUGCAGCACAGAAGCUGCAGCAACUCGAAGCCCAAAAACGAAGACAAGCCAGCAUGCGGAGUCGGAAGAAGCUGAAGGAACAGAAGCUGCAGCAGCUGCGGCGGAAGCAGCAGGAGCUGGAGAAGCAGAAGCAGCAGGAGAUGGAAAGGCGGAAGCAGCAGCAAAUGGAAAAGCGGAAGCAGCGCGAGCUCGAGAGGCGGCAGCAGCAGGAAGAGAAGAGGCGCCAGCAGCAGGAGGCCAAGAAGCAGCAGCAGCAGCAGCAGGGGGAGAAGCGGCAGCAGCGGAAACGCCCCAAGCAGCAGCAGAAGAAGAGCCAGCAGAAGCAGCAGCAGCAGCAGCAGCAGCAAGAACUCGAGGAACAGGAACAGCUGCGCUGGCGCGAGCAGCUAGACGAAAUCGACAAAGUGCUGCUGAAGCACCAAAGGAAAGCUUUGCUGCGGAAGCGGAGAUCUGAGCUGCGGAAAAAGAGAGAGUUGGAGAAGAACUUCGAGGAGCAGCAGCACAAAAACACCGAAGAAAACGAGCAGCUGCUGCAGCGGCUGCAGCGGCUGCAGCAAGCAGCGCAGCAGCAGCAGCAGCAGCGGCAGCAAACGGGAGGGUCGCCGUCCCGCUUGGCUCAAGCGCGGCAGCUGGAGCUGUUGAAGGCGACGCAGCUGGUGCAGCAGGAGCAGGAGCAGCAGCUGCAGGAACCGGACCGGCAGCAGCUGCUGCAGGAGCAGCAGCUGCUGCUGCAGGAGCAGAAGCAGCAGCUGCUGCAGCAGGAGCAGCAGCAGCAGCUGCUGCUGCAGGAGCAACAGCUGCUGCUGCAGCAGGAGCGGCAGCAACUGCUGCUGCUCCAGCAGGAGCAGCAGCAGCAACUGCUGCAGGAGCGGCAGCAACUGCUGCUGCUCCAGCAGCAGGAGCAGCAGCAGCUGCUGCUCCAGCAGGAGCAGCUGCUGCAUCAGCAGGAGCAGCAGCAGCUGCUGGAGCAGCAGCAGCUGCUGCAGCGACACUACCAGCACCACCACCAGUACCAUUACCAGCAGCAGUAG